GAUAUUAUUAUACGUAAUCUCCCGUGCAAUUUUCACACAAUACCGCGUGCAAUUCGGGAUGCAAGACGACAAAGGUGCUGGUAGAUCGCAAAGUAGAGUGUGCCGAUCAGUCUUUCCCGAGUAGCCGGCGCGUUUACGUCGCACGUGAGAAACGCGGCCGUGAAUGAACCAUGAUGAGUGGCAGCAAGUGCACUGCAUCCGCCGCUGAUUCGCACGAACUCGGUCGCACGAGUAGCCUCCUGGCGGACAGCAAGGAUGCGAAACGACUGGUCAAGGAGGAGACAGUGCGAAGGUUCAAGUCGAUCGCCGGACACGUGGGCUUGCUGAUCAUGCUGAUGUUCUACACUGUGAUCGGCGGACUGGUCUUUCGGCAAAUCGAACUUCCGGCGGAGCUCGGACGGCUCGAGCGUUUGCGCGCGAGAUUACGCACGCAGCGAUAUCGCUUCGUGGAAUCCGUCUGCAAUAAUACGGACGUCUCCAACUUACGCACUUUGGUGAGCGUGAACUUGCGUGGCUACGAGGAAGCGGUCCAGGAGGCGGCGGAGGCGGGUCUCUUGAUCGGCUUCGUGGCGAGUACUGUUGACCAGCAGGAUCAGGCCGAUACGGACCUGCCGCCCGUCAUGACAGAAAGAUGGAGCGUGCUUCAGGCGGUCUUCUUCGCCAGCACCGUCCUCACAACGAUUGGAUACGGUAACGUCGUGCCCUCGACUAACUGGGGCAGGAUCUUUUGCAUUCUCUUCGCCUUCGUCGGCAUACCACUCACCCUGAUUGUGAUCGCCGACUUGGGCAAGCUAUUCGCCGGAGCAGUGGUGCAUGUCGCGUUGACGUUGAAGUCGAGACUUCCGUUUGACGCCAAGCUCCCGUGCAUCCCGUCGAACGCGACCGGUCGUCGGUCGCUCGGUGCCUGUGCUGCUAUCGGAUUGCUCUUCUUGUACCUCGCCUGCGGCGCCGGUAUGUUCAUGCUGUGGGAGGACGAUUGGGACUUCUUCGACGGCUUCUACUUCUGCUUUGUAACGAUGACGACCAUAGGCUUCGGCGACCUGGUGCCGAAGAAACCCAAGUAUACUCUGCUGUGCACUUUGUACAUCUUGGUCGGGUUGGCGCUCACCAGCACCAUCAUCGAGCUGGUGAGACGACAAUACGCUCAGUCCUGGAGAAGACUGCAGAGACUAAGCGGCCCAUUGGCCGAGACUCUUAGAAAACUCGGUGAGCAAGCGGGUGGUGACAUGUCCGCGUUUCAUUCUGAUCUAAGGAAAGUACUGACAGUUAUAUCUAUGCCGCGUUUGAAAUGGUCCUCGUCCAUCGAUCAAGACGUCUCUAAGGACCAGGACUGGGAAGAAGCCGUAGAAGCGGUGCUGCGCGACAUCGCCGCAUCCGCAACAGCACCACCGCCUAGAAAGCCGAUUGUGCAAAUCGUCAUUUACGAGUCCAGCGUCUAAUAUAUGUGUGUUUAAGUGUGCAUAUGAGCGAAUGAAAGACGCUUUGAAUCUAACAAGAAUCAUUUAGUCGACACUUGAUCUUUUUCCAAUUAAAAUUUGAAGCUCGUUCAGCUGAGACUACAUUGUACCCGACAUACAACGAUCUAAUCUUCAAUAAGAGAAUAAAUUUUCUAGGAUUCCUACUUUGUUUCCUAGAAGACAAAUUCUUCUCUCGACUAUCGAACGUUGUACUAUAUUGUAUUAAGAAAAUACUAAAGUAGAUGAUAAUCUCCUUAAAUGAUGACGUAGAGAUCGCCAAAAAGUAGGCAACCCGUUACCGACGUGUUAUCGAGUUUAUGUACAUAUAGAUAUUUACAGCAUAAAGACGAUUUACACUUGCAUUAUAUUUACAUCUAAAUUUGUAACA